CCCAGCUUAGCUGAAUGGGGCGUUCAGAGCCCAAAAUCCCGCUGGGUGGCCCGCGGAGGGGAUGGCAAAGCUCAGCCAUCGAUGGGGUGAUGCUCCCCCACCCCAAGAGCGUCCCGGGGACCGGGAAAACAUGGAACCGGGGGUCUGUAACCGGGGAAAAAAUUGCAAAUCUGAGUGGUUUUUCCUGAAAUAAAUGUCAGCUCGAGGCCUCCGAGGAGGCGAAAGCCGCCAGGACACAGGGCUCUAUUGAGAAAGGAGAGAACAAAAAAAAAAAAAAAAAAGAAAGAAAAAAAAAAAAAAGAAGGGAAAAAAAAUAAAUUAGCCGGGCGAAGCGCCAAGCCGGGAGCUCCGAGGGACGUGCCCGGAGUGGGGAAGCGGAGCGAUUCGGGGGGCGAGCCUGCCCGAAAUGUGGGGAGCGCCGGCUGCCCCGCGGGGCCGCCCCGCUCCCCCCUGCCUGCUGCCGCUGACCUGGCUGCUGGCGCUCCAUGCAGGUCUGCUGGCAGGGGUGAACAUCACCAGCCCCACGCCGCUGGUGCGCGGCACGGCGGGCAAGGCGGCGCUGCUGUCGGUGCGCUACGCCAGCGCCAGCGCCGACAAGCCGGUGGUCAAGUGGCAGCUGAAGAGGGACAAGCCCGUCACCGUGGUCCAGUCCAUCGGCACCGAGAUCAUCGGCAACCUCCGGCCCGACUACCGCGACCGCAUCCGCGUGCUGGAGAACGGCUCGCUGCUCAUCAGCCCCCUGCAGCUGGCUGACGAAGGCGCCUACGAGGUGGAGGUGUCCAUCACCGACGACACUUUCACCGGCGAGAAGACCAUCAACCUCACCGUGGACAUUCCCAUCUCAAAGCCACAAGUGCUGGUGGCCUCCUCGACGGUGCUGGAGCUCAGUGAGUUCUUCACCCUCAACUGCUCACACGAGAACGGCACCAAGCCCACCUACACCUGGCUGAAGGACGGGCGGCCGCUGAGCAACGACUCCCGCCUGCUCCUCUCCCCUGACCAGAAGAUCCUCACCAUCACCCGUGUUCUCAUGGCCGACGAUGACGUCUACAGCUGCCUGGUGGAGAACCCCAUCAGCCACGGCCGCAGUGUCCCCGUGAAGCUCACUGUUUACCGCCGGAGCUCUCUCUACAUCAUCCUGUCCACAGGCGGCAUCUUCCUUCUUGUCACCUUGGUGACAGUUUGUGCCUGCUGGAAACCCUCCAAGAAGGAGAAGCGACAAGCAGAGACACAGCCAGCCUCUGACUACGCCGAGCAGGACGAGGAGCGCCUGAAGCACGAGGCCGAAGGCAUCCCCCGGAGCGGCGAGCACGAGCGCAAGAACCCGGUGGCUCUGUACAUCCUUAAGGAUAAGGACUCGCCGGAGGCGGAGGAGGAUGCCCUGCCCGAGCCCCGCGGCGCGGUGGAGCCCGGCUACACCAGCUCGCCGGUCCCGGCAGCCGGCCGCUCGCCGGGGCCCGUGGGGCGCUCGGCCCGGCGCUACCACCGCUCGCCCGCUCGCUCGCCCGCCUCGACGCGGACGCACAGGUCCCCGCCGGGCUCGCCGGCGCGCUCCCGCGGCGCGCCGCGGCUGCUGCGGACUGCCGGCGUGCACGUCAUCCGCGAGCAGGAGGAGGCCAGCGCCGUGGAGAUCAGCGCCUGAGCAGCGGACUGUGCGCGCCUCGGUGGCGGCGGGCAGGGACAGCAGCACGGCCACCGAGCGGGCGGGGACACCGGCACAGCCCUGCUGCCGCCACUGGGCGUCAUUCUGCUCGGCGUAAAGUCACUAAUUUCCUAUUGAUCCCACCCGGAGCUCCCCUCUUCCGUCCCCCGCCUUCCUGGGGCAUCGCUUUAAUGGCUUUCUCGCCGGGACGAGUGUGCAGGGAGCGUGCAGGAGGCACACGCGUGUGCAGAGAGAACACGCAAUCAGUGCACGGAGAGAGUGUGCGGGGGGUGCAUGGAGCGUGCAGAGGGAGCGUUGGAGCACUGCACGCGUGCAUGGAGCGUGCAGAGGGCGCAUGGGCUGGGCACACGGGGCAGGCACGAGGGUGUGCACGCAGCGUGCGAAGAGGAUGCACAGAGCUUGCAAGAGAACCCCUGGAGCCCAUGGAGAGAACACACACGGAGCAGGCAGCUAAGGGUGCACAGCGUGCACAGAGCAUGUGUGGAGUGUACAGAGUGUCCACUGAGCCUGCACAGCCUUUGUGAGCGUGCCAGCCCUGCGUGUGUGUCCCAAGCGUGCACAGAGGCCGUGCAGAGAGCGCCUGUGCAGCGUGCAGGGAGUGGGGAGGGAACACACACGCAGCAUGUGGUGAGUGUGCAAAGAGGGUGAGCAGAGAGGGUGUGUGCAGUGCUUGCACGAAGCACACACAGAGCGUGCGUGGCGUGCGUGGAAAGAGCGUGCACAAAGCGAGCAGCUGAGUGUGCUCAGAGCACGUGCAAGAGUGAACCUGCAGUGCUGGCACAGGGCACGCGUGGAGCCUGCAGUGAGUGUGCAAAGAGUGCGUGCUGUGCUUGCACAGGGUGUGUGUGCUGUGUGUGGAGAGAGCGAGCACAAGGCAGCUGAGCAUGCUUGGAGCGUGCACACGCACACGGGGAGCACACACACUGCACGCCCAGCCACCCUGCCUGCACACGUGUGUGCAAGAGCACGGUGCCCGCCCGCCGCGGCACAGCCCCCGUGCAUGGAGCAGGACAUGCACUGGCACACAAGGGUGCAACACGCAGAGGCCACCCUGGUCAGGCAGUCUAAACAGGGGGCUCCCUCCUGCUCCCCAGCUCCCCAGCUGCCAUGUCCCCUAAACGUGGGCUGGAAGCCCUGGUCCAAGCACUGCCCCUCUGCCAUGGUAGGAUUUUCUGUGAAAAUCCCCCGGUUUUGGGGCACACGGCGCUGUCUCUCCCCAAGCCUUCACGGGAAAUAGGUUUAGGAUGAAAAGCAGAGAGCGGCCGGCCAAGCGAGCCGGGCCCUGGGGCACCCGGGGUGGGUGCCGGGGCACCCCGGAGUGCUCGGGGUGCACUACUAACCAAUAAACUAAACGUACUACCCGUC